AUUUCAGUUUGAUGGAUUCCGUUUGAUCGACGCCAGUCACCAACUGCACAGCAACACAAUCCACAUAUCUCCCACCAGACCCUGCGACACUCCUUCCUAAUCUCAAGGUGCCUCCUAAAGGUUGGAGAUUCUCACGUACUAAAAAUUUCCGUUGUUACCGGUGCAUCUUAACCGCCGGAAUUUGACAACAUGCUGGACCUUGAGGAUUUCAUUGCGGAGCGCGGGGGCAAUCCCGAGAAGAUCAGGGAGAGUCAACGAAGACGAGGUGACUCGGUUGAGUUGGUUGACCAGGUCAUUGCGGCCUGGGAAAAUGCCCGGAAAGCUCAGUACGAUGUCGCCCAAAUCGGUACCAGAAUCAACGCAAUCCAGAAAGAAAUCGGCCUGAAGAAGAGAAACAAGGAGAAUGCGGACGACCUGGUCCAGCAAAAGGUGGAGCUGGAGAAGCAGAAGAAGGUGCAAGAAGGCGGUGUGGUGGAAGUACAAGCUGCAUUGAGGGCUCUAGCCAAAACCGUGGGAAACUAUGUGCACGACUCCGUUCUGGUUAGCGACAACGAGGAUAACAACGAGAUCGCUCGGACAUGGGCUCCCGAAGGGUUCGACAAGGCACAGAAACCUACAUAUUCACAUCACGACGUGCUUUGGAGAAUAGGUGGCUAUGAUCCUGACCGUGGCACAAAGCUGGUUGGACAUCGAGGUUACUUCUUAAAGGAUAUGGGCUACUGGCUGAACCAAGCCUUGAUCAAUUAUGGGAUGCAAUUCCUCUACAAAAAAGGUUAUUCUCCAAUUCAGCCACCGUUCUUCCUCAACAAGGACCAGAUGGCCAAAACCGCACAGCUCUCCCAAUUCGAUGAAGAGCUCUACAAGGUCAUCGAAGGGCCCGAUCCGGACACGGACAAAUACCUCAUUGCCACCAGUGAGCAGCCGAUCUCGUGUAUGCACUCCAAUGAGUGGCUUCAGCCGAAGGAACUACCGAUUAAGUACGCGGGUUCCAGCACCAAUUUCCGCAAGGAAGCAGGAAGCCAUGGGCGCGAUGCAUGGGGCCUUUUCCGAGUUCACCAGUUCGAAAAGAUUGAACAGUUCGUGAUUUGCAAGGCCGAUGAAAGCUGGAAUUUCUUCGAUGAGAUGAUCGCCGUCUCGGAAGAGUUCUACAAAUCUUUGGGUCUUCCCUAUCAAAUCGUCAGCAUCGUCUCGGGAGCAUUGAAUAAUGCUGCGGCAAAGAAGUACGAUCUAGAAGCAUGGUUCCCUUUCCAAAGCGAAUACAAGGAGCUAGUGUCAUGCUCAAACUGCACGGACUAUCAGACAAGAGAGCUGGAGAUUCGUUAUGGGGUUAAGAAGAACAAGGAGGUGGGUGGUGGGCGGAAGGAAUAUGUGCAUGCUCUGAACGCGACUCUGUGUGCAACAGGACGAACGCUCUGCUGCAUACUGGAAAAUUAUCAGACGGAAGAUGGUUGCAAGGUGCCUGAAGUGCUGCGGAAGUAUAUUCCAGGGGAACCCGACUUCAUUCCGUUUGUCAAGGACGCACAAGACAGACAGGCCAAGCCUGAGGAGCGAUCUAAGGAGAAAGGAAAGACCAUUCCUACCCGUCCUACUGCCACCAAAGCAUGAUCUUUGUCCGCAAGCUAGGCGAAUGGAGUUGGGGAUCGAAUCUCGAACGAGGCUCUCGAUGAUUCCUCAAUACUAGACAGUCGUAGCGAGCAUCUAAAUUCGCAUGUGAUUGCAGGCUACAUGAAAAGUCUGCGGUUUCCAUAGACAGUCAAUAUCGUUGCUAUGAAAGUCGAAUCCGUCGAAGCGCUCAAUUCCAUGUUCUGCGUAAGCACUGGGAUUAGUGGUUCUGGCAAGGU